AUGUCUGCGAUUGUUCCGCGAAACUUCCGCCUCUUGGAGGAGCUCGAGAAGGGCGAAAAGGGAUUGGGCGCCGAGGCAUGCUCCUACGGGUUGGCCGAUGGCGAGGAUACGAUGAUGAGCAAUUGGAACGGGACUAUUCUGGGUCCUCCUAAUAGCGUCCACGAGAAUCGAAUUUACUCUGUCAACAUCCACUGCGGUCCCGAUUACCCUGACAACCCUCCUACCCUCCAAUUCAUCUCGCGCGUCAACCUUCCCUGUGUUGAUCAACAAACAGGAAAGGUUGAUCCGACCCAGGUUCCGUGUCUUGCUCAAUGGAAGCGAGCCUAUACUAUGGAGACAGUUCUGAUUGAGCUGCGAAGAAACUUCGCUCUCAAGGCACUGGAUUUACUCGACCAUGCGCGCCGGGGAAGUCAACAUGCCAUUGAAAAACUCAGCUCGAUAAUAUCUCGAACCAAGUCGCUCAAAGAGCAGCAAGCGGCCGAGCAAAGAAAAUUCAGAGAGCUGCAGCCCUCGAAGCCAAUGUCGCCAAAGCAGAUUCAAAAGGAAAAGACAAAGCGCUUCGAGGAAGAGACAUCGCGCAAGCACCCGGACGCUCCCGACAUACUUGAACGCCCAUAUUCUACUGUGAGUGGAAGUCGAAGGGUGCCUGUCUUAGUCAAUGCCCGAGGAGUUCCGUUCUUGCGCAUCAAGAAGCCACAACCAAGGAAUCUCAGCGGCGUCAUCCGGAGCAAGCUUGAAAAGCGCUGGAACCGCAUUGUGACUCGAGAUCGAUUGGCCGUGGAACUUCUCUUUGCGAAAGACGAAGAUCACUGGGACAGGCUCACCGACACGGCAGAACGAUCAACUUGGUCUGAGGGCGUCAAGCGUGCGUUGGACGAUGUCUACGAGAAAAUUCGAAAGACGGAUAGGCAAAAUCGCGAGCUUUCAGAGAGAAUGUGGCAAACUGUACUUCAAGAAAGAGCCCUGGCCAGGCAAGAAAGCUUGGAGCGAAAUUCCCGUCAUUGA